AUGGGUUAUGCCAGCAGCAUUCAGUUCAACCCAACUGUGUAUGUACCUCACACCUGGUCUUCCUGCCUCUCCCACAGCCUCAUCACUCCUGGGUUCUUGCUGCUGGUGGUCACCUUCCCCAUUUCUGGCUGGUUCGCCCUGGACACCCCCAAGAUUGUGCCCACCUAUGAUCAGUUGAUCGUGUUUCUAUUGGGCUGGAUCCGUACCCCUCAGGAGCCCGGCAUGGUUCUGCUCCUGCUCACUGACUCCUUUCACAGGGUGGAUCUGAGGACACGAGCUUUCAGUGUCCCUCCUGCAAGUCUUCUCUUUGAUGCCCCCUGCCCCCAAUCUAAGAAUGGGGCCGUGCUCUCCACGGGGGCCAAUGUCCAGGUUAGGGCUCCAGUAUUGUCAGUGAUGACUGUGAGGGACCUGAACACAGCCAUGGCCCAGAAUGCCAUGACCAAGGCCCUGCUCAAGAGGCCUCUGUGGACAAUCCAGCUGGAGAAGCUCAAGGUCAGCAACCAGCUCCUGCAACAGCACAGGGCCUGGGGGCUUGAGGUGGACCAGGUGGGGCUGGGUGAGGCUGUGCGACAGCCACCCCAGGACAGUUCGGCUGGGCCGCUGGGCAGUCCCCGCCAGCAGCUGGCUCUCCGCUUCCUGGGGAGGCGCAUUUACUCACUGGCAGGAAGUACCCUGCCCCCAGGGCCAGAUACCUUGGAGAUGGUGAGCAAAGUUGAGUUGCCUGCCCCUCACAUUGGUGCUAGGCCCAGCUUGAAGCAGCCCGUGGCCGAGGGACUGCUGACUACUCUGCAGCCCCACCUGGUCAGCCAAGUUCGGGCCUGCUGCCAGUUCAAUGAUGUCCUUCCCAGUGACACCCAGAGCACCGACUUCCUGGACCUAACUACAGGACAACUCAGAUAG